GGAGCAGCAUCAGGAAAAAGAGGAAGCGGUUGUUAGUAUUAUGUUUUUGAUACAUAUGAAUUUGAUAAUCCUUUUUUUUUUUUAGUUGAAUUAUAAUGCCGGUGGCUUCUAUGUUUGACUGUGGCGACCUAGAAACAUAGCUAGUAUCCCUCGCCCCAGUGUUCGGGUGAUAUUUAAUCAUGACCGAAUAAAGUCUCCGAGGUUCGGACACCGACUGAAACACACCCAGCAUAAGUUUGAACUGUCUGUGAGACCAUGGUGGACAAUCGCUACGCCACGGCUUUGGUCAUCGGCUCAGUCCUCAGUCUGCUGGCCACUGUCUACCUGUCCGUGGCAGUGGGGACUCAGAACUGGUUCCAGUACAGCACCCCGCCUAUCAAACAGUGUGUCAACACCACUGUGAUCAAAAAUGAGUUCCUCACUGGGGAAUUUGAGGAGAAGACAUACAGCAGCUACCUGUUCAAGUGGAACGGAACCCUGGGUCUGUGGUGGAGGUGUAUCCAGGUUCCUCCCUGCACCCAUUGGUAUUGCUGUCAGCAAGGUGAUCUUCAGACAGACAAUGAAAGUGACAACACAGCACAGCAGAGAAAUUGCACUCAUCAAAGUGGAUGUACAGAACCUAAGACGGAGACUCUCUGUGUGAGCUUCACCCUUCCUCAGCAACUCAGUGCAAAGGUCAAACAGAAUGAGAGCGAGGAGGAUCUGCUCAGAACAUAUCUGUGGAGGUGCCAGUUUCUGCUGCCCCUGGUGUCUUUGUCUCUGGUGUUUCUCAGUGGUCUGGUAGGGGUCUGUGCCUGCCUGUGCCGCAGCUUCACGCCAACCCUGGUUGUAGGAUUGUUCCAUUUUAUUGCAGGUCUCUGCUCUCUGGGAGCCGUCUGCUGUUUUCGGAGCAGCGUAUAUCUGCUCAACGACAAAUACAAAAAGCAGAGAGAUGUCGUUGGGUCAGUGGGGUGGUCUCUCUACCUGGCCCUCAUCUCCUUCCCCCUGCAGAUGAUGGCCGCCGCUCUGUUCCUGUGGGCGGCCAGAAGUCACCGCAAACACUACACCCGCAUAACCGCAUAUAGGGUUGCAUGAAAGAGAGAGGAAUAAUAUAUUUGGCAGCAACCAGUAGGUCUACAACUGUCCUCUUAACAAUUUGUGGUUGUAGUUCAAUAAAAUAUUCAGGUCGUAGCUUUUCACUUCCACUGUAGCAGCCUUGCAGUGCAGAAAUAGUUCAGGGUAUCACUGGUUUAAACGUCAGCUGCAACCAAUCCAUACGUACUCAUAAACAUAAUGAAUUAUUUUGUGUGGCUUUAUAUAUCACCUUUGCCUUUUUUUGUUUUUUUUAACCCCAUUACUGAGUUGUGUAUCAUCUUGAGGUUGCAUAUUUUUAGCUUCUAGAGGUAUUUGUGCUAUAUUUGUUUCUGCUGGUAUUUUUAUUUUGCCAUUUGCCUUCUUUUUGUUGCCAAUGCUUUUUCAGCUGCUCACCAUAUUGUCCUUAAAUCGGAUGCAACUGUGUAAACUUGCGCUAUCUGACUUUUAGAUGUGGACUUUUGUGAUCCAAAUCAAGGUAGUUGUUUCUGUUACUGAAAACAUUCUGGUCCACCUUUAUUAAACUUUUGUCUUGUUUUUGCAUCAUUUUUUAAAUAUCAAGGCUUUGCAUGUCAUUUGGGUUGACCUUUCCAUCAUCUGUGGUAUUUUUCAAAAAAAAUUUUUUAUUUUGGUCUGUGGAAAAAUGACUAAAUGUCAUAAAAUGCCACAGUCUAAAAGUGAAACCACUCACCUUCUGCUCUCAUUGAUAUUGAUGAAAUUUGUGUGUAUUGAUGCAGCAUAAUUAUCAAUUUUAUUGUGUUGGGUUUUGUAACAAGCUGAAUCUAUUAGAUGCGUUCAGGAAAUUCAGUUGCUACUGCCAUUGAAAUGUUAAAAGCUGUCUGAACAGUUGCUUUCUCGGUUGUUUAAUGUUGGUUUUAUAGGAGUUUGUCAAAUUUUGCAGUUCAUCUUCACAAUAAACUGCCAAAAUAUCUCUGA